UAAAAUUCGAAGGAUAAAAUCACGAUUGCACCAGCUGGGAAUUGAACCCGGGAUCUGUAUCAAUCUUUUUGGAAUGGACUUUAAGAUAACUAGUCCUAUAAUUUUUUUGUUAAUAUUGUGAUAAAUAUAUUCCCACAUCGAUAUAUUUAGAUAUUAAGCUUAUGAAUAUAUUAAUUAGAACUGAUAUUAUAUUUGCCGGGCUUUGGUAAUGCGGGCCUGUAACCCAUAUGGGGGCAUUAAGGUUAUUGGAUGGCUGGCGCUGAGCUUAGUUGAGUAAAUACCCAACUAAUGCGAGGUUUAAUUGAGUAGAUUUGGGGUUUCUUUUACCUCCUACCCAAUUAAUGCGUUUCAGUUGACAAUUAUCUGCCGGGCUUGGUAAUGUGGGCCUGUAACCCAUAUGGGGGCAUUAGGAUUAUUGGAUAGCAACAAUUUUUUUUUUUUAAUUUUGCAAUUGAUUCAUAAACUCACACCAAAGAUUUGAUUUUCUUUUUUUUGUAGGCAUAUAUAUGUUUGAUGAUAUUUUAGACUUGUACUCAAAUUGCAACAAUGACCUUCCUUCAAGAAUUCUUCUUGGUGGUUCCUUAUUGAGGAAGUUCUUCCUGUCCAUGGAAUGUUUGGAAAUUGCUUGGAGAGGAGAAUUUUCUAAUAGACCAGAAAGUGAAAAGGAAUGAAGGGAGAGAUGAGAUCGGGACAUGGGCACAGAAAACGAGUACCAGUCACCAAACAUGAAUGGAAUGUUUGGAAACUGUUUGAAGUCUUGGAGAGUUUUCAAGUAGACCCGAGAAUGGGAGGAGGAAGAAGCUUGGAGGGACAUGGUAAGAUAUGUGGGUACAGAAAGGGUACAGAAAACGAGUAUCAGUCACCAAACAUGAAUGGAAUGUUUGGAAACUGCUUGAAAGUCUUGGAGAGUUUUCGAGUAGACCCGAGAGUGGGAGGAGGAAUGAGCUUGGAGGGACAUGGUAAUGUAUUUUUCUUGAUCUUUUUUCAAUAGUUUAAGUAUCUAUUUAGUCUUUUUAUCCUUGCUGGAAUUUAACCAAGUUAUAAGGCAAACAUUAAUUUGCACCUUACUGAAAAUCCAUACAUAGAGAUUUUCACAUAGCAAAAAGGUCAAUUUUUUCUUGAAGGGUGUCCAUAAUUGAAAACAAAUGCUAAGCAUAACAUAGAAAUAAAAUAAACAAAGUUUACAAGAUAUU